AUGCCUGCAGACUGCAACACGUUUAUGGCGUGUGCAGCAGCUGAUUCAGAUUGGCAAAGCGGGUGCACAAGCUAUGCAUAUUGCACUACCAACCAUAUCCAAUGUGUCACGGUCUGGGAUACUAUCGAUCCGGGAUCUUCAGACUCAGGUGUCUUUCGAGUCCAGUGCAAGGUAAUGAGCAGUCUUUCCUUCAAGUAUUAUGGACGAUCACCGAACUUGUUUGCUCGGAACGUGAAGCCAAAUGAUAGGCAUGUCAUCAACGACUCUGUGAUGCGCAACCCCGUAACCAGUACCAGUGAACUAACAGUGUCCGACAUCCCUGACUGGGCCUAUGCUGCAUUCGGGCUCCAAUUUAUCUCGGAUUCAAGGGCAGGGAGAGGAGAGCGGAGAUGUUGGUUUAAGGGGGAGACGCAUCCGCUUGUUGUGAUUGAGGCGGCGACUCGGGUUUCGUGGGAGGCUGGGAGGGAUCGGUUUAAGAAGCUGGGGAAAAAGCCAGCUGAGUGA